AUGAAACAAGUCCCGCUUAUGUUCGUCUUGAUGUCAGGAAAACGAAAGAAGGACUACCGAAAAGUGUUGAAGUCAAUCAAGCGCCUGACACCAGAUCGUUCCCUCAAGAAAAUCGUCAUUGACUUCGAGAGCGCGAUGUGGAGAGCCAUACCAACAGUGCUACCCGAGGUCAAGAUACGAGGUUGUUCGUUCCACUGGGCCCAAUGCAUCUGGCGCAAGAUUCAAGAGAUCGGUCUGGCACCCGCAUACCUCCACGAUGACGUCACACACCAACUCUGCAAAGAACUACUCGCUUUGCCUUACCUCCCACACGAACACAUUCGCCAACUCUUUGAAAAGCUUGCAAAACGUGCAACAACAGAAACCCUGGCGACGUUCGUGGACUACAUUCGUAGAAACUGGAUUGAGACGACACAAUGGACCCCUAAAACGUGGAGUGUCUUCAACCAACCCGUUCGCACUAACAACGUCCAAGUCCGUCUUGUGCGUGCCGCCAAACUGAAACGUAGGCAACGAGCCCAAUACCGCCAAAUCGAGGGAAAACUCUUCGCAGUUUGGGAGGAUUACAUCAAAGGAAAGAAGAACGCCCGACAGCUGCUCCGUACGUGUUCACAUCUCGUUGCCCCAAGUACGUAA